CAGUCUGGAAAAAUUAAGUUAGCACAGUCAGAACCACCCUUGGAACUUCAGAUGUUGUACACAAGUUCAGAUAGUGAUGCUGUACAUUUUAGGGAUAACAUUCGCUACUUCAAUGGCCACUUUUCAUUCACCACUCUUGGAGUCAGUCUUGACAAUAGAUACACAAACAUGAGGUCAGGAGUCUAUACAUUCCGAGCCCAUGGUCAGAUUUACCACAACAUCUUCUCAUUUGGUCCAACACAAGAUGGACCUAAGCAUCUAGAGUUAUACUUCUACGAUGAUGACCCGAGUCUACAACAUAGGUUUCGGCGCUCCCCGAACCUAGACCGAGAUGUUAUUCGAAGGCUUGUCAACAUCCUUAAGGAUAAUCCUUAUUCUGAAACAUUCAGGAAUCUAGGUGGAGUCGAUGACCUUGAGGAUUAUCGUAUUGAACUGAACACCGACAUGAGGUUGGACCAAGGAGAUAUAACUUGCCUAUAUCAUCAGAGGUUGCAGCUAUUUGGGUUGAGGGUAAUGAACUAUGUAAGCAUUUUGACCGUAGCAUUGUCCUGUUUGGUAAUGACAACAAGAGAUAUAGCAUCCAACCAUAUUAUGGAUGCUAUGAUCCAUUGUCUUACCCUUUGUUCUUCCCAAGAGGGGAGAUUGGUUGGCAUCCUGAGAUCCCAAAGAACGGUGUCAGCUUGAAUGAGAUACUUCAAUCCCGCCGCAGUGGUCGAAAGAAACCAGGUACAUGUACAAGUAGUCGAUUAUGUGUCUCGGUCAGAGACUACUAUUGUUACAAGUUUCAAAUACGUCGUGGUGUAUUUAACACCAUGCUAUACGGUAAACGACUGUUCCAACAAUAUGUGGUCGACAUGUACAUCAAGGUUGAAACCUCUAGGUUAGACUAUAUAAGAAAUCACCAGAAACAAAUACGCUCUGAUCUAUACCAAGGUGUUGUUGAUAGCCUUCAAGCUGGGGAAAACCGUGCGGAUGCUGUGGGCAAAUGGAUUGUACUUCCUACAUCAUUUAUUGGGGGAAGAAGAGAUAGGAGACGAAGAUACCUUGAUGCCAUGGCCUUGGUGCAGAAGUAUGGGAAACCAGAUAUCUUUUUAACCAUGACUUGCAACCCGAAUUGGGAUGAGAUAAUUGGUGCCUUGGAGCCUGGACAAACCCCACAGGAUCGCCCUGAUAUUGUUGUACGAGUAUUUAGAGCAAAGUUGGAAGACCUCAAGAUACAACUUUUCAAAAAGCACAUGCUCGGCAAGGUAGCAGCAUAUGCAUAUGUUGUCGAGUUCCAGAAAAGGGGUCUACCACAUGCUCAUUUCCUCCUAAUCAUGGAGGGGAGGUACAAGCUAACAUGCCCAGAGCAAUAUGAUUGUAUCAUAUCUGCUGAAUUGCCAGACAAAUUCAAGUACCCUGAGUUGUACAAGAUGGUCGUCAAGCAUAUGAUGCAUGGCCCUUGUGGAGUCCUAAACCCCAAAAAUGUGUGCAUGCAAAAUGGCAGUUGCAAGAACUACUAUCCACGGCCAUUUAAUGCGUCAACUCUUCAGGGAAAGGACUCAUAUCCCAUAUACAGGAGGAGAGAUGAUGGACGUCGUGCAAAGGUACGAGGUGAAGAAUUAGACAAUAGGUGGGUUGUUCCAUACAAUCCUUACCUACUAAGAAGGUAUAAUUGCCACAUCAAUGUCAAGGUUUGCUCAAGCAUAAAAGCUGUAAAGUACCUCUUUAAGUACAUAUACAAGGGGCAUGAUCGAGCAUCUGUUUCUAUCGACGAGGUGGAUAAUGAUGGGAGCAUUGAUGAAAUAAAGCAAUACAGAGAUUCCAGGUGGGUUACUCCACCAGAAGCAUUGUGGAGGAUCUAUGGUUUUGACCUUAGUGAGAUAUUUCCAUCUGUUAAACAACUACAACUCCACCUCCCUAAUAUGCACAUGGUGUCGUUUCCAACGGGCGCAAAUCUGAAUGAUGUCCUCUCUCAAGAAGGAGCUUCCAAGACCAUGUUAACCGAGUAUUUUGAGGCAAACAAGAAAUAUGAGUUGGCUCGAGGAAUCUUAUAUAAGGAUUUCCCUGCGUCUUUUGUUUGGGUGUCAGGUAGCAAGUAUUGGAAAAGGAGGGCUAAACACACGCAGAUUGGGAGAAUUGUGUCUGCACAUCCAGCUGAAGGGGAGAGGUAUUAUCUUAGAGUGCUUCUAAAUCAUGUCACGGGUGCUACAUCCUUCCAAGACCUAAGGACGGUGAAUGGUAUUGUUUUCCCAACAUUCCGUGAAGCUGCUGAAAAUAGGGGCCUUAUCGAGUCUGACAAUAGUAUCGACGAGUGUCUUAAUGAGGCUGAGGUUUUUCAGAUGCCAUCUUCCCUUCGGAGGCUAUUUGCUACUAUAUUGGUCUUUUGUGAGCCCAGCGAUGUGCGUGGCCUAUGGGACCGGCACUUGGAAGCUAUGACAGAAGACUAUCGACUAACCCACAUGUCCCCCCAUGAAGUUGAGCAGAUGGCUCUGUUAGAUAUAAAAACCAUGCUACAAUCGAUGGGGAAGGACAUAUCGUCAUUCCCUCUUCCAGAAAUUGACGACUCAUAUGAUGCCCCAGAUAAUGAGGCUAGGGAGAUCAUAGAGGAGUCCACGAUCGAGGUGGACCCAGAACACAUUGGCUUGUCAUCUUUUCUAAACCCAGAACAGAGAUAUGCAUAUGAUGAGAUACUUGCGACAAUUAAUAGUGGCCAGGGAGGUGUGUUCUUUGUCGAUGGACCAGGAGGCACAGGAAAAACAUAUCUGUACAAAGCUCUACUUGCAAAAGUACGUGGUGAGGGUCAGAUAGCUGUUGCAACAGCGACGUCAGGUGUUGUUGCAUCCAUCUUGGCUGGAGGGAGGACUGCACACUCGAGGUUUAAAAUACCACUAACAUUGAAGACGGUGGGGUUUGUAGUUUCGCCAAGCAAAGUGGGAUAACUAAGCUUCUUAUGAGGGCGUCCCUCAUAAUUUGGGAUGAGGCCUCCAUGACAAAGCGCCAGGCAGUCGAGGCCCUGGACAAUAGCAUGAGGGACAUCAUGGGUCAACCUGACCUGCCGUUUGGUGGAAAGACGGUUGUGUUUGGGGGAGACUUUAGACAAGUGCUUCCUGUUGUUCGUAAGGGAACAAGGUCACAGAUAACUGAUGCGACCCUACGUAAGUCUUAUCUUUGGAAUAGUAUGAGACAACUAAGACUGGUCCGUAAUAUGAGGGCUCAGGUUGAUCCAUGGUUUGCUGAUUAUCUUCUGCGUGUUGGGAAUGGCACCGAAGAUACGGUGGAUGAUGGUUACAUACGACUUCCAGAUGAGAUUUGCAUACCAAACACCGGUGAUGACGCCUCUGAUAUUGACAAGCUUAUUGAAAGUGUGUUCCUGAUGCUGCAAGAUGAAAACAUCUCAGAUCCAAACUACAUAACAUCUCGAGCAAUUUUGUCAACUCGGAAUGAGUACAUUGACAAGAUCAACAUGAGGAUGAUUGAGAGAUUUCCUGGGGAGGAGAUGGUAUACCACAGUUUUGAUCGGGCUGAGGAUGAUCCACACAACUACUAUCCUGCAGAAUUCUUAAAUUCAUUAACACCUAAUGGGCUACCUCCCCACAUCCUAAAGUUGAAGAUUAAUUGCCCUAUUAUAUUGUUACGGAACAUUGACCCAGCGAAUGGGUUGUGCAAUGGGACUAGGUUGGUUGUCCGGGGGUUCAUGAGGAAUGCAAUUGAUGCUGAGAUUGUGCUGGGCCAGCAUGCUGGUAAGAGGGUGUUCCUUCCUCGAAUUCCUCUCUGCCCGUCAGACGACGAGAUGUUUCCAUUUAGGUUCAAGAGGAAGCAAUUCCCUAUUAGACUUAGCUUUGCUAUGACCAUUAACAAGGCACAAGGACAAACUAUACCAAAUGUUGGUGUAUACCUCCCUGAACCUGUAUUUUCACAUGGCCAACUCUAUGUUGCUCUUUCUAGAGCUACGUCUAGAAGUAAUCUGAAGAUUCUUACUAUCCCGGGUAAGGAAGAGGAAGGCCGGUCCAACUCCAUUGCAAAAUUUACAAAGAACAUAGUCUACAAAGAAGUUCUCAAUGUGUAGUCCAAGGUCUGAAGUUUGGGCAGUGGACUUUCAAAAUGGCAACUUGGAUACUUGCUUUAGUGUUCAUGAUAUUUUUUAUUUUGUAAAUGUCAGCUUCCUCACGUCAGACAUUUACAUGUGCACAACAAAUGUACCUUCUCGCUAUGAGUGCUUGCUGGAGACUAAAAUAGACGAGAGCCGCAUUGGUAGAGGUCAGUGGACUGGAGGUGUGCGGUGCACUGAGAAGGCGAAGCAGAGGCUGAAAGUUAGACUAAUUUUCUGUGCUUCACGAGCUGCUUUGUAGCAAAGUUAAAUACUCUGUUUUUUUACAGUGAGGGGAGAUACUUGUUGCACAUAUAAGCUAUGUAGCGCUUAUGUUUUUUAGAUGGAAGAUACUCUACUUUGUGGCAGGGAGAGAUAGUGCUACUUCUGUCAUAUUCUUGUACAUACAUCUCUAAGCUUAAUAACAAUUGAUUAUGCUCUUUGUUGAUUUUC